AUGCUGACCGGAGGUACUCUUGUAGCACUUUUCCAAACCAAAGAGGGAGCAACACAGGCUCAAGUCGAUGUGUUUAUGAAGACGGCCAAGGCCAUGGCGGGCCAGAUCCCGGGACUCUUGGCCGUUGAAACGGGCAAGGCCAUUGAUAUCACCAAGCAAUUCAACCAGGGAUACGAAUGGGGGCUCGUAUUGACAUUUGAAAACGUUCAAGUUAUAGGCCCUUAUCUUGACCAUCCAGCACAUAAGCCACUCUAUCCGCUCUGUGAAGUCGCAUUCGACGUGCAGUCGAUGCUUCUCUUCGAUUUCGAAUUCUGA